UGCCAUAACAAUAGUACACAACCCCUCCUUCCCCUCGCGCGCUUGCUCAACAGUCCUUCCCUCUCGGGACCGAGGGCCUCUCCAGAGCUGCUUCUGGCUGAGCAGAACCAGGGUCUGAGCCCCUUUGCUAAGGGCAGUUGAGUGGGAGGGUUGGAGACUGCGCUUCAGCCUAGUGUCAGAGGGCCCAAGGAAAUGGGCCCAGUGGGGAAGGAGAAGUAGAAGAAAUGAACGGAGCAGGGGUUAGGGAUGGCACAACAGGAGCUAAGAGGAGAGAAGGAGGAGGAAUUGGUAGGGAAGACUGGAGAGCAUGGCUUAAGUGGGAGGUGGGAAGAAUAGGGGAGAGGGAAGUCCAGGAAGCAGGGACACUGGGCUGCUGGAAGAGCCCAGUGUGAGGACAGGAAAGGCCUCGGGGUGUGGGGCGACAUCCUGAAGGGAGAGGGUCCUCAGUGGAAAGUAUGAAGUAGAGGUUGAGGGUCAAAAUGAGAUGUUCACAGGGAUGAGGAAAGAAGCCUAGAGUUGGAGGAGGACUGAGCUUAUCUGACUCCAGAGCCUUCAGGAGGGAAGAAAGAUGUCAGAUGAAGAUGAUCUAGAAGACUUUGAUCCAGACCAGGACGAUUUUGAGAAAGAGGAAGAUGAGAAGGAGACAGAGGAGGAGGACUACAGAAAAGAGGGGGACGAGUUCCCUGAGGAAUGGCUGCCUAACCCCCUCACGGAGGACAUGAUGAAGGAAGGGCUUUCUCUGCUCUGUAAGACGGGCAGUGGGCUGGGUCAUGCUUAUGUUAAGCUGGAGGUUAAAGAGAGGGACCUGACAGACAUCUACUUGCUGCGCUCCUACAUCCAUCUGCGCUAUGUGGAUGUCUCUGAGAACCACCUGACAGACCUGUCUCCACUCAACCACCUCACCCACCUGCUCUGGCUCAAGGCUGAUGGCAAUCGGCUACGGAGUGCCCAGCUGAAUGAACGGCCCUACCUGCAGACUGCUAGUUUUGCUUAUAACCAGAUUACUGACACUGAAGGCAUCUCACAUCCUCGUCUGGGAAGCUUGAAUCUCAAAGGGAACAGCAUCCGCAUGGUGACAGGUCUGGACCCCCAGAAGCUGAUCAGCCUGCACACAGUGGAGCUUCGGGGGAACCAGCUGGAAAGCACCCUGGGAAUCAACCUUCCUAAGCUGAAGAACCUCUACCUGGCCCAAAACUUGCUGAAGAAGGUGGAAGGCCUGGAGAACCUGAGCAAUCUCACCACUUUGCAUCUUCGAGACAACCAGAUUGACACUCUGAGUGGCUUCUCCAAGGAAAUGAAAUCACUGCAGUACCUCAACCUGAGGGGCAACUUGGUGGCCAACUUGGGGGAGCUGGCCAAGCUUCAAGACCUGCCCAAGCUGCGAGCCUUGGUGCUGCUGGAUAACCCAUGCACGGAUGACGCCAAGUACCGCCAGGAGGUCCUGGUGCAGAUGCCAUACCUCGAACGUCUAGACAAGGAAUUCUAUGAGGAGGAGGAACGGGCUGAGGCUGAUGAGAUUCGGCAGAGUCUGAAGGAAAACCAGGAGCAGGAGCCUGAACCCCAGCAUGAUCUGGAACCGGAACAGUCUUUGAUCUAGCCUCUAAAGAUAGAGAUCAAAGAUGCUGGCCUUCAGACCUAAUCAGAUUCCCAGGGAGGCCAGCACAUUCAUACCUGCUCCAGGCGGACAGAGGAUGCCUCUUUUUGCCCCAAAGUUGGAAAUUCAUCACAGUCUGAGGCCCAGGAUCCCUCUCUGUACUGGUCCCCUGGGCAGUGUGGGCUGCAGAGUGGGGUGCCUAGGCCUGAGUAAGGCCUGGAACCUAGGCCCAUGUUCGCCCUGGGGCAGGCAUGGGUAGGAGCCUAGCCCGCGUGGGCCACGGGGUGCUGGUAGGAAUGGCUGGAGAGACCUGGAGGCGGCUGGGGUGUUUGGAUUUCCAAUAAAGAGGCACUGUGAU